AUGGCCAGCAUCGGCGAGCUCGUGAUCGUGGCUCACAAGUUCAUCACGGCCCCGCAGGCAAGCGCGCAGAGCUUCUGCAACGUGAUCAAGCUGGGCACUUUCUGCCGAACCGUGGUUUGGCCAUGCCUGCCGCCCCUGCUCAUGUACCAGUACAUCCGUGGCACGGACGACGACAUGUACGCGGUCGAUGUCCUCUAUUCCAAGUCUGGCUCCAAAGAAACCAAAGCCUUCUACGACGCAUCCCGCAUGAAGGGGUCCGGCCACUGGCGCAUGCAACAGGACUUGGAGACGAUCCGGGCGGCCGCCAACGCUGAGACCGGCCUGAUUCAUGAGAAGCUGUUUGCAAACAGCGGCGGGUUUCGUUGGUUGAUGUUGGCUCUACGUCUCUACGUUUUGCUUGUUGUGUGGUCGCGGUGCGAAAAGCGGAUAGGUGGUCCAAGCAGCCUCACAGGCUUCGUGGCGCGGCGAUUAGUCCCUGAGCUACUGAGCUAUUGCAGCUACUGGUUACAGACGGCGAAGCUCCGCGACGUUCUCCAGUGCCUGGCUGGGGGCUACAAGAAGCGCAUCCCUGACGAAGAUUCGGGCGUCCGAGCUUCGCACGAUGCAAAGCAAGGCAGCCCAUUUCCCAACGGGGCCGGCAAGUGCCGCGAGAUCGUCAAGAACAGCCUCAGGGUCAAGGCUGGCCACCACAGCGAAGCCACGUGUCAGGCCGCAUGGGCAAACAAGACCUGGUACCGGCUUGCCGACUGCUGGGACUCAGGGAUGACGGCAGAUGAGAAGGCACGCUGCUCGAUUUCGCCCAUCAACCUCGUUCCAGAAAUGGCCGGCACUGCCGCGGGCGGCUCGCUGAGCUUCAACAUGGCCCCUGUGAAGGGUGUGACAGUGACGCCAAGCAACUAUACCUUGGAUGCCCUGCCCAACAUGUUCGCCGUGCCUGGGGCCAUCACCAACUUUGGGAGCAUUCAGGCACGUUGCGGGGGUUUCCUCAUGCACAAGAUCUCCGUGAAGCCGAUAUCUUCCCACAAGUACAAUGGCAAGCACUAUGCUGCAGAGAUUCAGGUAGAAGCCAUCAUGGACGGCGAUGGGUUCAACAAGCUUGCGCAACAUUCUGGGGCCGCUCUGUACAAACACCUUGCUUGCGAAACGAGGUGCACGCCGGAGGAGGGGGAGAUGAACACAGCUCUGGUGGUCAUGGAGAUGAAGGCCAUGAUGCCAGUGGCGGUGACCACAGCUCUGGAGACGGUCACGAUUCUAGCGGUGAUCAUGGGGAUGGCGGGCACAGCGGUGGUGAUCACAGCUCUGAUGAGCACGGGGAUGGCAGCACUGGUGGCGAUCACAGCACAGACGGUGGCCACAGCACGGACGGUGGCCACAGCACGGAUGGUGGCCACAGCACGGACGGUGGCCACAGCACGGAUGGUGACCACAGUACGGACGGUGGCCACAGCACGGAUGGUGGCCACAGUACGGAUGGUCACGGCACUGGGGACGCUGGCCUCAAUUCUUGGGCAUAAGUUGCAUGAGGUGACUGCGGGAGUAAUGCUGAGUCAUGUGACUACCCACUACCCACCGAGGGGCACCGGCGUUUGGCAUCAGGGCUUCCAUCGUGUGAUCAUGAGCAUCCCUGUGGAGAUCGGCACUGAGAACGCGCUGCUCCGCGAGUUGGGCUUGCCUUUCGACGCGUAUAGGGACUCGAUCAGCGCCAUGCACCCCUACACCAUCGAGAACACCGUGAACCUUCGUGGUGCUCUUUCGAAGGCACUUGAUGGGCCCUGGAUGUGGUACAGAGGUGGGAUGGUGACGCCUGGAUGCCCUGACUGGGGCGUUCGCUGGCUGUUGCUCCAGACCCCGCUCCAAGCAAGCUUUUUGCAGCUGAACUACCUGGAUAUGAAGGUGUCUGGAAUGGACUCCACCCGGAUUUUUCCUGUUGAGAUGGAUGAUGCGGCAUACAAGGCCGCCCUGUCCUUUGCUCUUAAGGCCACGGUGUUCAAGCAGAGCUUGCCAAAGAUGGCGGUGGACAAGUACAGCUCCUGCACGGCGCACGAGGAGUGGAACUAUGACAAUCCCAGCUGCUGGGCCCAAGAGCACCCCAUCUGCGCUCAAGGAGCGCUGCAAUCUCCGAUCCACAUCGAGAGGCCGACGGUGACGACGGUGGGCAAGGAUAACUUCCUCAACAAGUGCAGCUGGCGUCCGGUGACAGGCCUUCACGUCGUGAACUACGGCAAGGGCCUCGUCAUUCCGACCAACCAGAUGGGCAGCGUGUCUGAUGUAUCACAGGACGGUUUCCCCGACUUCUAUGAGGUGGCACAGAUACAGCUGCACAUGCCCUCUGAGCACAUGAUCGAUGGAAAGAGCUUUGCUGCGGAACUCCAGGUCGUGCACAGGCAUCAAGCGACGGUGACGCAGGACGUCAACAGUGCGGACUCCCUUCCCUUCGUCACGGCUUCUUUUCUGUUCCAGAUGGGCGAGAAAGACAGUUGCCGGACAUGCACUGGCUAUGUUCCGGGCGCAAGGAUUGCCUUUAUCAAGAAGCCUGGCAGGUUGUUUACAGAGGGUCCUCGAUUUGUGUGGCAGAAGCAUUACUCAGGUCAGCUUCUGAAGCAGUGCCUGGGCAUGGAACGAGAAGCUCAAGUGCUUGUGGUCAUCGUGUCUCUGAGGUUCUUCCUGCCAGGUGAGAAUGACAUGGCGAUCGAUCUGAUGCGCUCUCUUGGGCCAGCCCUCAACGGUGACUUCUACAGCUACAUGGGGAGCUCCACGACACCAGACUGCUUCCAGCAGAACAAGUGGUUCGUGUUCGACCACGUUUUCAGCAUGUCCAUGGAGCAGUGGGCGACCUUCAAGGCCAUGUUCCCGAGCCCGGGCAACAACCGGCCCAUCCAGCCGAUCCGAAGCCACCACAUCGAAAAGAACUCAUUCCAGGACGGUGAGCCGAAGCAGUUCGACUUCUUCCUAGGACGGCAUGAAGCACGAGAUCGGUUCCUCCCCGGGGAGUUUUUCAUCCUUGUCCCGAUUGUCGCGACGUUGGUCUUGAUGGCGGUCAUCAUGCUCUCAAUCUUUAAGCGCGACGUCGUCGGCGGGAAGAGCAACAUGUCGACCCUAGCGGAGACCAUUGGCAACAGCAUGGGCUACAGCCAAGUGUGA